AGUCUUGCGUGCUAUUAGGUUACGAACAUGUCUGGUGAUCAUCAAGCAGCUGUUCACCUACCAGUACUCUGGGCCCAAAGAAAUGAUUGCCUCUACAUCACUGUCGUUGUUAGUGAUGUGAUAAAUAAGACGAUUAAUGUUAAAGAUAAUUCCCUAGAGUUUAAAGCGGAAGCAGGCAAAGAUAAACCUAUUGAAUAUGAAGUUAAACUUGAUUUUUAUGGAAAUGUUUGUACAGAGGAACCAAAAAUCACUACGUCCGGUCGGGAAGUUUUUAUUUGCAUAAAGAAGAAAGAAAACGGUGCAUGGCCGCGUCUACUUUCACAGAAAACAAAAUGCCCAUGGCUGAAAACAGACUUUAAUCGCUGGAAGGACGAUGAUGACUCAGAACCUGAUAUGGAUGGAAAUAACUUCUCAAAUAUGCUGUCUCAGAUGUCCAAUUUCGGUGAUUAUGGGGGCGACGAUGGUAUAGACGGUGAUCUAGAUUCUGAUGAUGAAGGUAGGUUACUCCUUAGUUAUACCGACUCCUGGUACAAGCCAAGUACAGUGGUUAAGCUGUCGAACUGUUGUCGCGUCCACACUUCAUAUAGCAAGUCUUUAAAGACGCUGUUCAUUCACGCAUCUCAUGUAUGUAAACGCUCGCUUGUAAACUGGUUAUAAGAGGAUGGGUUGUCUGUGCAGAAAACAGGCAUCAAUACGUGUGGUUUUUACAUAACCAGUAAAGGUCCGUCGUAGAAACGUGGAAGUUGUAAAAGCAAUAGUUAGGAUUUUUCUUCCUAUUAUGUGCAAAUAUUGUUUGAUUUAUCCUUUGAAUUGUUGUUUAGUCCUAUCAGUUCCUUAUCAAGUAUUUUGUGUACUCAUUCUGUCAUGUUUUCUAAAGAACUAUGUAUUGUAUGUGCCCAGUCCUUCAUAUCACCGUUGAUAUUUUUACCACUUGCGUUGUUGAUACUAAUAGUCUGGUAUGAUGCAUAUGCCUGACACGUCAUCAGUGGCGUAUUACUGAUUUUAGGAUCCAGUUAGUGCACAAACUUGUGUAUGCAUACUGUUUAUCCGCUAUUAGUUAAUAUUAAUUAUUCUGCAACAAUUCCUUAUUUGCUUCGUGACAGAAGUAUAACAAUGUUCUUGUCAUAAACUAGUUUAACUAAUCAGCAUCUUACAUUGACAUGCAUUAAAUUACAUUCGUCAUGGAAAUGAAAAAAUUCUUCGCAGUUACAAGGUUCGAUUCUGAUAAAUUUACUUCUUGAUUUUGUAGACCUCCCUGAUUUGGAAAUGCCAAAUGCAGAUGCUAACAAAACCGGAGAAAAUGGAACCGAAGAAGAAGCGGAAAAAAAGACACCUGAAGAGGAAGCUUUACCAGUUAAUUGAGAAUUGAUCCAUCAUUCACCCGGUGGUUGUUUGUCUAUGAGCCGCCUGUAUAUGCGCAUUUUACACUUUCAUCAUUGACUAUGUUCUUAUUACAGCCUUUUACGAAGUAAUCUUGUUGUUUGUUACAGCCAUCUUAUGUUCACUGUUUCCUGGGGGUCAUUACUUGACUCAAAUAUCUGCCUUUACGAUGCUAGUAGUUUUUCUGAGAAGUCGAGUACGACGGUGCAUACAACAUUUAAUGCGUUGGAAUCUUAAAGUACUCUGUAAAUUCCAUUCUUAACAGUGAUGUGUAGAUCUAGCUACUCGUCACAGUAUGGGGCUCUAAAGUUGUGAACGCAGUAGUGUUAUAGCAACAAACAGCAUUGCCUUGGUUUGCUUACUCGUUAAAGUAAUUCAGUAAUGUAACAAGUGACUUGGUUCAGUGUUCAGACGCGAUGAGUUAGUUAGUAGCCAUGCAGAUCACUUGAGCCGAUUUAAGGUGUGUAGGUCACCACUCGUAAUGACGUCAAGAUGGUGUUGGUGGUGAACCAUUCCGCAAGUUGAUUUGUGAUGGUGUCGUUCUCCACAAUUGCAUAAAUGGCUGGACGUUGCCAGUGUCUCAUCGCGUAAUUUCGGUGUGUAGUGCGUUUGUUUUGGUGGCUGUAGAUUUGCACGUUAGUGAGAGCAGAACCAUGGAACUGGUUCUUGUUAGCAACCGGCUGUAAUACAUAGAAAGUAGUUAACCGAACAGUCAUUAGUGGGGUGGAAGCAUUUAUGAAUCGGCAUACGAAGUGCGGUUGGACUGGCGUAACCGUGAGUGUGUGCCAAUCAGUGGGUUGUCUCUUUAAGUCCGCGUGUGGACACUUGUCAUCGUGUUAACAUAGUACUUCCUUGGCUCUUAUUCCUUUUCGGCUAGGGUACGGGUCAGGGAGUUUCGGAGGCUGGACGCCAAUCAGCAGAUGUCCAGCGGGUGGUUGGUCGGUGUCCUACUCGACCUUGCCUUGCUUUUUAGGAGUGGUCUCAUUCCCGGAGUCAGUAAGCUGCGUCGUCAUUACUGUCAGACCUAACAAGUCAGAGGGCGCAUCCCACUGAUAUUGUGGGAGUCUGUAAAUACUGGGUAUAUCUCACAAUAGAUCAUGGCAAUUUGUUUGCCCUCUUAGCCCUGCAUUUCGCGUGGUUGGUUUGUGUACCAAAUGCUUGUAUGUGUAGCAUCCAACACAUGUUUAACUUAUCUUUUAUAAGGUCAGUGGUUAUCACCUAACUGGCUUCUGUCGCUAACAUGAGUCUCUUUAGUUUAAUCCAUUGAGUUUGGCUUAGAGAAUUUGAUUAGACUAGAUGGCCGCGGUGUCAGUGAGUUUGCGUAGUCUUUCGGAGCUUGUGUGGAGUUAGCGGGAGUAGUCUAUGACUCUCUUUGUCCGUAACUACGUUUCUACAACCAAGCAUGUAGGUAGUCCUUGGGAGUGGUUCAAAAAGUCUUUGGGAUACUUGUUUCCAGACAUUUCUGUGAUUUUUUGACUUGGUUCGGUGGUGUGGAUCGUGCAAUGCGAUGAUUUUAUGAUCAAAUGGUACGAGGUAUACCAAUCAUCAGAUUAAGUCCGAAAGCUAUGACAAAUAGGUUACUUUUGUCAGUACAUGGUUGACACUAGCUUUUUUAACAAUUUUUCUGAAUAAAUACAUAGUUCUGAAUCUUUCUAAGCUGUUGACUCAUUCUUUGCUAACUGGUAUUUUCACUCUGGGAUUGUUUCAUCGUAAAUGAACUUGGGAUACAACCUUUACUCAAUUCAAAUCUGAAUCAUAUUAGUCCCUGGCAUUCUAAGCUAAUUAUACAUAUCAAACAUAAUAUGGGGUUCUGCAAUACUCUGUGGAGUUUCUCUAUUCGGAAAACAUAGCUAAGAUUUGUUUUUGAGCUCUGAAUAGCUUCAUUCGAAUACCACUGCAGCCAUCUGGUAACAGGACAAUUCAUCUCUCUUAGAUGAAUACAUCUAUAAAAUAUACCAACUCCCAAUGGCCUGUCAAAUGGAACAGAACUAUUGUAGUUGAGGGGUUGUAUGAAUGCUAUCAAACAUUUGGUGCUGUCCAGAAAUAUCAAAGCAUGAGUGCCAAAAAAUAUUCACUUGGUUUAUACUAUCUCAUCGUAAAGAAAUUAGUCUAGGGUGUUAAUUAAAUAAACCUCAGAUGUAAGGAUUUAUCAGUUCAGGAGAAGUAAUCUACAUUCAUUAUAUACCUCAAAGAUUGGAGCAUUAAACUAUUUAAUAAUGAAAUACUAACAAUCGGUAAAGAACAUCCCAAAUAGAAUACAUUCAAACAAGCAACCAUUCUGUUGAUAAUCCGACAGUAUGAUUACAAGUUUAGGGGAUUAGUUAGUUCCAUUUCAUUUUACUAUUAUGGACAUUUUCAGUAAUAGGAAUGGUUAUGUUUAUAAUAGUAAGAUUAGUUUGAUUUAAAAAGCAUUUUUGUCAUAAACCCUAUCUUCCAUGAAUAAUAAUUCAUCCUCAACAUGUAACGUGCAGGUCCUGACUUAUUUAAUGUAAGGCUAUGUGUUCUCACCAAUGAUCACUCCUAAUCUACAACGAAGCAGUUGUUCACUACUUUUUAAAUGUCAGUAAAUUUCCGGCUGACAUCAUUCUAUGAUAGAAAUUAUGUACAUAUUUUUAAAAUGUCAGUGGAUAGAAAUUUAAAUAACGGUUCAGUGUUUACAAGCAAAAUGAAAAGGUUCGAGUCCUGAGUGUAGAAUCGUGGAUGCAUAUUUUGAGGAAAUCAUCAAACUGCAUCACGAGGCAAGCCCUAACUUGGAAUCCUAAAGGGAAACGGAAAAGAGGAAGGCCAAAGAACGCAUUACGUCGGGGAAUAGAAGUGGAU